AUGAUCAUCAUUAUCAGAAUUGAAAUAGAAAAUGAAUAUUGUAAUCUCUCGCCUUAACUAGUAACAAAGGCUUCCUUAAAAUUUUAUGUGUUUACUUUAUAGAUUACACAUUUGAAAUUACAAGCAACUCAUCCCUUUUACUUCUAUAUUUCGAAUGCUUUUUCUAUCUAGGAAUACGAUUCCUUUACAAUGAUUGACUAUGGGAUUGUUAUCCCUCACUUCAAUCAUAGAAUCUUAAUUUCAGCAAUAGCUAUAAUGAAAUUUUACAUUGAUAAACAUUACUAUAAAGGAUAGCAUAAUUGAAAAAGCUCAAUCCUUAUCUAAGACAAAGAACUUUGGUUACGUAGAGUUAUAAAAUAUAUCAAUAAUCAAUCCUAACUUUAUUAGCUCAUCACUUUUCAACUUUAACAUAUUUAACUUAAUUGGGAAUAUUAGAAUCAAUUAAUUACAUUUAUUGAAUUGUAAUUUUAUUAACUCAGUAUUGUUUGAAUUUUCUUACACCCAAUUACCAAUUAACUCUAAGUAUGGAUUAAUGCUCACUAUAAAAUUCCUCUAUUUUUAACUUUUUCGUUAAUAAUCUCAUAGUUAUUCAAAUAUAUCUUUAGAGCAUAUAAAUUUAUAAAUCUUAUUUUUAAUCAUUCAUAUUAUUUUUAUUGUUCAUAAUAAAUUGAUGUUAUUGCAAAUAAUUUAGCCUUUAAUUUUAAUGAAUUAUUGGAUUCUAUUAUAUUUGGAUUUAGUUCUUGUUUAAAUUCUUCUUACAUUGAAAUUAAGAACCAUAUGUUUAUUGAAUCUUCGUCUAUGUCAAAAAUCUAAAUGAUAAGUCAAUAACUCGCAUCUUGUAAUUUAAUGUAAUUAAUAAUUAGAAAUAACAAAUUCUAAAAUUAAAAUUUGUUUCCAUUUUUUUCAGAAUUUUAGACAGGUGAUAUUCUAAUUAGUCUAGAAAAUGUAAAUAUUGAAUAUAAUGAAGGAUUAAUUACUCUCAAUCAGGUAAGUUUCUUGUUUAAUAUUAAUGGAAAGUCAAUAAUUUGAACAACUUUUCAAUUUCUUAAACAAAAAAAGUUAUUAUCCUCUAUUUCUUUGAAAGUCAGAAUAUUGAACUAGACAACUUUAUUUUUGAGAAUUUUUAAAUAGAAGAAAGAUAUCUGUCUAACAAACUGUUUAUAAAAUCCUAAUUAAAAAAAUUAAUUAAUUUCAAUAAAUGGGUUUAAUAAAGUUUCUAUAUCUAAUUUUAAAAUAAAGUAUAUGUUAAGUAUGGAUGA